GGGCUUGCUGCCCCUAGUUAAGCGCAGAACGCUGCCAGGAGAAGUUUACAAUGGUACCGGAAGUACGCGUGUGCGAGUUUCCUACGGCCUCCUGAACAGAUGGACUCGUAGAUCUCGUGUGUUCCUGGUUGCCCUGCUGCUCGUAUCCGCUGUCGUCCUAUCGACCCUCUCUACGGGUGUGUCGAACGUACUAGAGCAGCAUGCCGUUAUGGUGCAGCCCGUAGCAUCUUCAAGCGCCAACAAAGACCCAAGUGAGGAAUGGAAGGAUGAUGUCUGGCCGAUACGCGAGCAGACACCGUGGGAUAUCUCCACUGACUAUCCCUUCCCUCGCCUCUGUGAGUACGACGUGACAGAGGGCACUUGGCUGAGGCUCGACGUCCAUCCGAAAUCUGGCGAGAUCGUAUUUGAUAUGCUUGGUGACUUGUAUUGUCUUCCUGCGGACGCCUACUUGUCUGAUCAUCUCGCUUUCGGUGGUGUUUCGAAGGCGCGACCGAUCCUCUUGGGCAUACCUUAUGACGCCGAUCCGCAUUUUUCCCCGGAGGGGGGAAGGCUCGUGUUCAGAAGCGACGCCGAGCUUGGAAUAGAGAAUAUCUGGGUCACGGAGUGGAAGGGUUGCGAUGCUAUGGACGUCAGGUCCGGUGAUGCCUCCGAGGAGUUGUCGCAAGCAUUAGCCCUCAAGGAAUACGAGGACGAGCUUCUUGCCAGCGGUGUGAAGGAAACUUCUGAGAGGAAGCAACAUAGACUGCUUCGUGAAGGCCGCAUUAAUGCGCAACGCGUAACGAACGAGACGUAUCGUUGGGUGUCUGAUGCGCGCUUCAGCCCAUCCGGCUCUUCUGUUGUCGCAACAAAGUGGUACACUUCCUCGCGUAGCCUCGGAGCCGGUGAAGGCUGGGAGUACCAGGUACCCAUCCCCGGCUCAAACGAGCAAAUUAAAGCGGGAGAUGGCAAGAGGCUCAUCGGACGCACUUUGCCUUCAGGAUGGGGUCCUGAACGAUACGGUGAUCAACAGAUUGGACCGGAGCAAUUCAUCUGGAGAGGAAGCGACACCCUCAUCUACUCGAAGAAUGUCAAGGACAACAAUGGCGCGUUCAGCUAUAGCAAAGAUGUCCAUUCCGGCGUGUAUGCCAUUUUCUCGACCAAUAUAACGUCAAAGCGUACUACCACUCUCGUUGAUGCUUUCCCUGGUGGCGCGACUAGACCCGAACUGUCAAGAGACGGCCGUACUCUAGCCUUUGUUCGUCGCGUACGGGAUAAGGAGGCGUUGGUUCUCUUGGAUCUCGAGUCUGGCACUCUUCGUCAUGCAUGGCAUGGGCUCACGUAUGAUCUGAGCGUCAUUUCCGCACCUAUGGGCUCUUAUCCAUCUUUUGCGUUCACGCCUUCCGAUGACGCCAUCCUCGUAUGGGCUGCAGGUCAGAUAUACCAUGUUCCGCUCGUUGUAGAUUCUCUAGGAGAGAAGAUUCCUGCCGGGCAGCCAAAGCCUGUACAAUUCUCGGCGCAUGUCGAGAAACGCCUGGCAGAGACACUGAAUGCCAAGACAAACGUCAUGGACCUAGAGACUGCUGAAACUCAGAGGGUUCGGGCGUUCACAGAACUGCGGGCUGAUACUAAAGGCGAAAGAGUGGUAUUCCAAGCGUCAGGUGCAACGUAUAUCCAAGAUAUCGGAAACGAGGCGAAGAAUACCCAAAGAGUGCCAGCCUUGGAUUCGGAUGCGCCAUACUACUCACCCUCCUUUGUCCCCAACGCCGAGCAUUUUGUGAUCCAUGCUCGUUGGUCAGAUGUCGACUUCACCACUAUCGAGCUGGUGAACUUUCGGACGGGUAUCGCCUAUGAGCUUACAGGUUUGCCACUUGGUCGCUACUAUUCGCCUAUACUGUGCGAGUGUACGGGAUCACAGAGACAAUUGGCAUUUAUAAAGACAGGAGGGGACUACCUCACGGGUGACAUCGUUGCAACUGCUGGUGAAGGACUAUACCUAGCUCGAAUCGAACUCCCCGACGACGAUGACAAGUCGAAUCAGAUAUUUGUACACAAUAUACACUUCAUCCCAUCAGAGAUCGACACCGAUGAAUUAUUGAAGACGCAAAUCCGCUUCUUCGAGCGCAGCACCAAGCUGGUUGUGCAGUCACCACAGCGAGCGUUCGUGAUCGACUUGGCUGCCGGUCCGAACGAAAUGGGAGAUUACAAUCAUACUACCCUAGCAACGGGAAGAAUGUCCACGGAGCUUGUGGUUGUGCCGGAGCUCUCAGACGGCGUCAAGACCAAAUCACUCGCUUUCGUAGACUUCUAUAAUAUCUACUACGUUUCCAAAGUCGAAGGAGAUGAACCUGUCUGGAGCAAAUUCGGGAAUGCUACGAAGUGUCUUACCCAUCUGGGUAUUGAUGGUGGACAUAACGUUGCCUUUAGUCGAGAUGGCAGCAGACUUUUCUGGCUCCUCGGACCGUACUUGCACUGGAUUGACGUCUCAAAGAUAGGGACCUGUACAUCGGCGGAUAAUGACCAGUCGGCAGUUUCCGGUGAAGUACAUCCCGAGUUUCAAGAGAUUUUUGUCUGGUAUACCACGGAUAUAGGCCGUCUUCAGGCGGAAGCAGCGUCUCAACGCGAAGAAGCUGGAAAAGAAGCGCAGAGCAGUGCAGAUGUCUUUGCCGUCACAAACGCAACAUUGCUGACUAUGCAGACCGGCGAUCCGAAUGCCGAUCUUCUUGAAUCUGCGACACUGUUGGUUCGUGGAGGACGGAUUGUAACGAUCUCGCGAGUGGAGGACCCCGUGAUUCCAGAGGGUGCCCAAGUCUUCAACGCUCAAGGAGCGUUCGUAACUCCUGGAUUUAUUGACGUUCAUGCGCAUUGGAAUGGUUUCGAUACGUUGUAUCCAGCACGUUCGUGGGAAAUGGAGACGUUCCUUGCCUAUGGUGUGACAACUGUCCACAACCCGAGUGCGGAUAAUGUCCUUGGUUUUGCGGAGCGGUUCAGAGUUGAGCGCGGGCAGCUGGUCGGACCGCGCAUAUAUCAAGUUGGCGGUGUCAUCUAUGGGGCUGCAGAGCCCAGUCUGCAUCAGGAGAUUGUCGACAUGCACGAGGCAAGCUCCGCUCUCAUAAGAAUCCAAGUCGAGGCUGGGCCGGCCAGCUUCUCGUACAAAAACUACAAUCUACCCUCUCGCGCUUCCAGGCAACGCCUCCUCUUGACUGCACGCAAUCGUUCCAUGCUCUGCGUGCCUGAAGGCGGUAUGAACUACGACUGGGACCUGACGUACAUCAUUGAUGGUAUGACGACAAUCGAACAUGCUCUCCCCGUACCGGUGCUGUAUGAGGAUGUUCUGACCCUCUUUGCACUGAGUGGUACCGGAUCCACGCCAACGCAUCUCGUCAAUUACGGCGGAGUCAUGGGCGAGCAAUACGUCUGGGCUAACGAGGACAUUCCGGAUGAUCCCAAAUUGAGACGCUUCACCAGACAUGAUAUUCUAGAGGGCCUGUCGGAGUCGACGGCAAGGCCCAAAACAUCGUACGCUCUGUUCAACACGUCCGUGUCCACAGCGAAAAUGGUACAUAUGGGUCUCCGAGCUCACAUUGGUGCACAUGGGGAACCGCCGCUCGGUUUGAACUACCACAAGGAGAUGUGGUUUACACAGCAAGGUGGUCUUACCAACUACGAGGUACUCCGAGCGGCAACCUCCGAUGCAGCCAUAACGCUCGGUAUUGACGGCGCGCUGGGCUCGCUCGCCCCUAAGAAACUCGCAGACUUCAUCAUCUAUGAGCCAGACGUCGACCUGAUCAACGGGGACAUAAGAGGUACACGUCAGAUUCAGUAUGUCGCGAGGGGCGGGCGGGUAUGGGACGCGGAGACGAUGAAGGAAUUCUGGCCUGUGAAAGGAAGGCGCCCGCCGACGCCGCCGUUGAAUCCUGAAUGAUGAUGAAAACUGUGACCGCUCUCGUUGUACUAUGCUCUCCUGCAUUGUUCAGUGUACAAUAGUUUGUAUAGGAUUACAGAAAGAAAUAAAGCAGGAUGCUGACACAGAUG